AUGAAACUCCCAGCAGCGGCAAACCUCCUUCCAGCAACAAUCUCACUCCUACUCCUAACGGCAACCACCACGCCCGCAAACGCAGCUCUACAAGCCGACCUGACAAGCCUCAAGGAAUCGAUCGCAAGCGCCACAAACACACUGAUCGAGUUUCGAAAUGAGACGACGCACGCGGUCAACACGGCGGGCAUGAUCCAGAGUGUCGGAUGGCAGGUCGGGGCGGUUUUGGCGGGGGUGGGGUGUGGAGGUUCCAACAAAUCCCCCUCCCUCAACGGGCGUAACCUCACCACCACCUCCGAAAUCGAGAAGCCUUACACUGAUUACAUCACCUCCCUCACCCCCCUCUCCAAAGCCCUCACAACCCGAGGCCAACACCACACACCCCAAACCGAGUCCCCGCUCCCCGUAAUCCAACAAAUCCAAUCCCUCACCCGCGCCCUCUACACCCUGGGGAAAUGA